ACAUCACCAAUAACAUCACCAAAUUAGUUACAAAUUGAAAUAAAUAAUCAAAAAUUGUUUUUAAAAAUAAAACACUGCUCAGAUGGAAUUUAUAGAACUCAUAUCGAUAAAUAAAUUAGACGGAGUUAUACUUAAGUAUCCACACCAUGAAAAUGUUGACGGUACAGUUUGUAUAACAGGACAUCAUUUAAUACUAAGUUCUAGAAAAGAAGGAGUUCGUGAAUUAUGGUUACUUCAUAAAAAUAUAGACAGCAUAGAAAAGAAAGAAAACAAAUUAAGUGGAGGUGUUAUUCAAGGAGGUUCAUUGUUUUUAAAAUGUAAAGAUCUAAGAAUAUUUCAGCUGGAUAUAAGCAAUACUACAGAACUUAAUCUAGUCAUGCAGACAUUGGAAAAUUUAUCAAAUAUUUUAGACCCAGCUUUAUAUUAUCCCUUCUUUUAUAGACAUAUGCAUCCUAUUAUGGAAAAUGGAUAUACUUUGUACAGUGUUGAAGGGGAAUUCACAAAAGUGCUAGCAACAGAGGAAUGGCGGAUAUCACGUGUUAAUCAAAAUUAUACCAUCUGCCCAAGCUAUGCUAAGGGUGUUGUAGUGCCAAAAACAAUAGAUGAUGAAACCCUGUCAGCAGCUGCGAGCUUCAGACAAGGUGGCAGAUUUCCCGUGCUGUCUUAUAGGCAUAAUAAUGGAGCAGUUUUGAUCCGGGCUGGCCAACCACUUUAUGGGCCAAAACACAGAAGAUGUCGACCCGACGAGGCUAUUCUUAAUUGUAUAGUUAAUGUGGGCAUGAAGGGCAUCAUAUAUGAUCUCAGGAGUACAAAUUCAAUAUCACAGCAACAAAGUAAAGGCGGAGGGACAGAAAGUGCGGCAAACUAUUCACAAUGGAGGAUAUACAACAGAUCUAUGGAUGAUGUUGAUAAUCAGCAACAGUUGUUAGAAAGCUUCUCCAAAUUAAUAGAAGCGUGCGUGGACCGUGACAUAUCAUGUGACAAGUGGAUGUCGCGACUGGAGUCCUGUGGCUGGCCCGAGUCAGUCCGCAACUCCUUGCACACAGCCUGCAUCGUCGCUCAACAUAUACAUCAGAAAGGUGAGCCGGUGCUACUACACGGAACUAGAGGAGAGGACGCUACAUUACUAGUCUGCUCUUUGGUCCAAAUAAUACUAAAUCCUGACUGUAGGACAAUAAGAGGGUUCCAGGCGCUGGUGGAGCGCGAGUGGCUCCAGGCCGGCCACCCGUUCCUGUCUCGCCUGCGGAGCGGCCCGCUGGCUCCGCCGCAGCCCCGCGCCGCUCCUACAUUCCCGCUGUUCCUGGACUGCGUGCGCCAGUUCCUGGAGCAGUUCACAUGCAGCUUCGAGUAUCGGCAGUCCUUCCUCAUCACACUCUACGAGCACGCCUACGCGAGCCAAUUCGGAACAUUCCUAUGCGACAGUGACCAGGAGAGAGAGUCGCGGGGCGUGUACGACCAGACCACCAGUAUCUGGUCGUGGAUGAACCAGCCUGAUGAACUGAGCGGCUACAUCAACCCGCUCUAUGAUCCCACGCCAAACGUCAUCUGGCCCUCAGUUGCGCCCAUGAGUUACGUCAUUUGGGAAGAGCUGUACCUGCGGUGGCUGGUGCCGCAGCACACGGACGAGCGCGAGGACCAGCACCGCGUCCUGCGCACGCGCAACCAACACCUGCGGGCGCAGGCGCUGCAGCUGCGGCGCGACCUGGCCGACCUGGCGGCCCGCUACUACCGGCCCGGGCUCGGGACGCGACCUGCUGACUCUGAGAGGCACUACACUUGCGCUCGCAACCUUGAGGCAUAACUUGUUAAGUCUCGUUUGUCUAGUAAUCUACGGCACUAGUUUCGGCGCCCUUCAGACCGAAACACAGUAAUGCUUUCACAUUACUGCUUCAAGGCAGAAAAAAGUGCCGUUGUGGUACCUAUAUAUUAUGUUGAGUCUCCCACUGGUGCAUUGACAAAAACAACCGAACGCUGUCUAUACAUUUAAUAACAUUCACUUGUCUGUUUGUAAUUUCAAAGUACCUUAUUUAUUACUAAUCAUUACAUGCCAAAUUUAAAUUUUUAUGUGUCCAUUUGUUCUGGCUAUUCUCGGUAAAACGUCUCGGUCUUUAUACCUAUACUAGGAUGCCGCAAUCGCUCGUCGAACCGCAUCGCUGCGGCGAAUAUUUGAGCGAAGCGAGGUAAACUAAGUCUUUAUAAUUAUAUAUAUAAUAUAUUUAGACAUGAGGAAUUAGCGCCUUAUUUGGUCACAUGAGAAACUUAUGCUGAUUUGCAAAUUGUUUGUUUUUUAAUUAUAAUAAUUGAACCAAAUCGAAAUUCAAAAUUCUGUCUUGGCAAUAACCUAAAAAAUUUCGAAAGCUUUCUAUGAGUUUUUAGAAUUGUCGUAUUGAGAGAUGAGAUAAACACUGACGCGGAACUAAAUGUACUCUUUAUUUAAUAGGUGUUUUACAUACGACCGUUCGUCAUGGUAACUUGCGGGUGACUGACCACGCAUACAAUGUUCCAUGAGUAUAUAAAUCCCUACAGUCAUCCUCCCCUUUUUAAAAUUUUAAACAAUUUACAAUUUUAUUAACUUAUAUCAUCUAUAGUGUCUACUCACUUUUGAAAUAGGUAUCACUGAUACAUUGGCACCUGUGUCGACCAAAAAACGCAGUGCAUUCUUGCGGUCGAAAACGCAGAGACGAUGGUUUUCUAAAAAAGCGAUCAUUUCUCCCGUCCCCAUGGAGCUCGCCUCAUUCAGUUUUCCGGAUGCGAUUUACGAACAAAGUUGCAGGAUUCCUCGCACUUCCGAGGCCUGGAUCCAAACCGGUAGUGGAAAUAACACAGCCAGUCGGGGCUUGAUGGAGUGCUGCCCGCCGAAUUACUUCUGGUGCCUGACCUGCCCCUUGACCGUGACCUGCCUCGGAAGUUGUUACGUGGCCUACUCCGAACUUCUUCCCGGAGAGCUGCCACCUCCAACACUAAUUUGUUUAAGUGUGUAUAGAGCUCACUAUUUUUAGCGGUCAUCUGCUCGUUGCUUACGGAAGCCAUCUCACCUGGAAGCGAGCCUUGUUGCACGCUCUCCAUUACUUUAUCCGCUAUCGGUGCUAGGUGUCCAGCUUCUGGUCCUGGCUCGCUGCCAAUACUGCCCUGACCGCUGGAGGUAAACGAGAUGUCCAUAUAUUCUGUACUGUCCCCUCGCUAGCUUAGCAGUUACGGGCCAAUUCGCGCAUUUUUCUUAGAAGCUGUGAGGGUUUCUGUGAGCCUAAUUCACUCACUAACUUGUGGAACUACCAUUCCGGCGACUCUUCGAACAGUUGUAGAAGUCUCGUUUUGGGGGCUGUAUAUUUGCCGCUUUCCGGUGGAUUGUAGACAAUAUCUGCUACUUGUUGUAAUGCAUCACGACCCAAUUUCGAAAGCAACAAUUGGAAUUUGCACUCUUCUCCUAGCUUAUUAGGGCUUAUGAUUCUACCCAAAACUCUGGUAUCCUCGCCGACACUGAAAUCGUCGCUAGGCCCGUUUCUUCUCCUUUAAUCGUAGCUGUGUGUGGCGUAAUGCCAGACGGAUUGGGUACGGGUAAAUGGCUAGGCAUAGCGGGGUUCAUUCUAAAUACACUGAAAGUCAACGCGAGAUGGCCACAAUAGAUCACGUCGGGGUCACCAAUUUAGGAUUGUCGUAUUGAGAAAUGAGAUAAACACUGACGUGGAACUAAAUGUACUCUUUAUUUAAUAGGUGUUUUACAUACGACCGUUCGGACGGUAACUUGCGGGUGACUGACCACGCAUACAAUGUUCCAUGAGUAUAUAAACCCCUACAAGUUCAUAAACUUUUUAAAAUCGGUCCAGAAAUGGCCGAGAAACUAUUUAACACAGAAAUCAAUUGGAGUCACCCGGUGGGAGCUCCGCUCAGAUGCGCUUCGCUUCGCUCAAUAAUGGACUUUUAGUAGAUGCAUUCAAACAAAAUGUACGGUGAAGAUCUUUAUUACAUUUAAAGGACGCCUUUCGCAUCCGCAGCGAUCAGUCUCCUGUGACUUAUCAUCAAGGGCCAACCUUUGCCCCUUAACUCCCGCCAACAACAGUAAUUAUUUUUUUUUAAUUGACACACCAACAGCAUUACAUACAAAACAUUUAAAAUAAUUAUGGUCUUAUAGGUUUAUAAUCUGGUAUGAAUGCCAGUUACUGGUGCAUACACCACUCUCAUUGCAAGACAUUAAUUUAAUUACAGUUCGAACUACAAAUUUAACAAGGAUUUUAAGCAAAUUACUAACAAUAAUAGAUACAAUAUAAUGAAUAAAUAGUUUGUAUGAAUAUCAACUAAGAAAUUUAUUGCAUGGUAUUGUUUAACAUGGCUACAUUUUAGUCACUUGCUAUAUUAUAUAGUUGCUAAAGUGUGUCAUAAAUAGAUACUUGCUAUCGGUUAUCUUGGGUAAAACAUUCUAGAAACCAGACGGGCUCUCCACCAAGCAACAAUGUUAAUGAAAGUAAACGAGCGGAUGAAUAGAUUUCCCUAAUAUUCCCAAUGAGCUGAUUCGACUGUACAUUUCUGAUAAUGACACUCGUAGCAGAAAUCAGCGUCUUCUGGCAGUACACGCGUAUCGAACACUAGCGACAGAGUAUUGAAAUUGUUUAAUCGCCUGUAGAAGCUCACGUGGGCUCUGAUAUAUUUACUGACAGGCUUGAGGUGUUGGUCUUUUGAAACUAUGUGACUCUUCGCAUAAUAAUAUCUAGCAAUAACAAUGUCUUUGAUUAAUGUAAUUGAUCUCGUAACCGUUUUUAUUUAAAUAUAUAAAUAGACAUAGAGUAGCAUAUAGACCGAAUCCACCGCUACCCUUACCUCGGGCCCAAAUUAAGAUGUGGUUGGGAGAAAAAUUGAACGAACCCACCAAACAGUAUGGAGAAACCGGUCUUAAUAAUUAUGUAAACAUGGCUAUUAUUUUUAUAUAUUUUUACAACUCGGCUCUCUCGAAACAAUUUUUAUAUUAAUUUUAAUAUUAUAGUACCUAAAUAUUAUAUUAUGUGUAUUAAAUUGUGAUAUAUAUAGGUACAUUUAACCCGGUUAAUUUGGCGAAUUAAGUAAAUUAAUAAUUAUAACAUUUGUGCAAUAGGUUUAAUAAUUAAUUUGAAGGUUCCUUAUUAUUAGUGUAAUAUAUUAUACAUUAACGUAUACCCACAGAUUUCCUUUGAAUAAUAUUGUGCAGACAAAUGGUUUAAUAUUUAGCAUAAUUUUAAUUAAUAUGGAGAUGAUAAUAUUGAUUAAUAAAAUUAUAAUAUAAUUCAUUAUUUUUUACGUUCUUACUGUCAAUGUCAAAUAGAGGGCACUGAUCGCAUAUUGUCGCCAAAGAAUUUCAAAAUGUCAGUUGACAGUUUUAAAUGGUACGAUUGUAGAGAUUUCUGACCGCCAUAUUCCACUGACAUGAUGAUGAUAUCAUAAUGUGAUGAUCACUUACUAUGUACACUCAGGAAUAUUAUAUAUUAAAUGCGUCCCAAUUGUGACACAUUUUGAUUUCAUUAUUCGGAUGUUUUAUAAUAUAUCUGUGUUAAAAUUGUAAUAGUAGAACUGCAUCUGUCAAGUAAAUAUUAAUUUGACUGCACAAUACACAAGGCUAAAUAAAUUGCAUCACAUUAUAACGCAGAGAUCCACGUGGGGAAAAAUAAUUAUUAAGACCAUUUAAAUAAAUUGGAAACUUAAACUGCCGGUAGAAGAUAUCGUUAAAAUCAAAGCAUCUAGAUAUAAGAUUAUCAAUGAAAUUAUAUGAAUUUACCAAUAUUAAGUUUGUACUGGAAAUAGAUAAUACUUAUAUUAUGCUAUACAUUUUACAGUGUUAAAUAAGGCGUCAACUAAAUUUAACUAUAAUAUACAACUUUGAUAAAAGAUGAAUUUGUUGCGCCAUUGAAGAACAUUUCUUUGAAUACGCAUAUUGUAUUAUAAACUUACAAUGUACUAACGUAUAGAAAAACAAAGUGUGUGAGUGAAUAGAACAUAUGUAACGGAGAUACAGCAAGAUAGGGUAAUUGUAAACAAUUUUGAUUGACAUGUCGUAAAGAGUCUAUUUUGAACAUGAAGCUGAUGUAAGCUAAACACGACAUUGAUACAUCCAAAUAGGUCGCACAUUAUCUAUGUAUUGUAUUAAUUAAUAUAUUGCACCUAAUAUACGGAAAGCUAGUUGAAUACAACUAUUGCCUGAAGUUAAGAGCGGGAGUACCUCUCGUGGCGCGCCUGCAGUGUAGUGAUGUGCCGCCGUUGACAGUUAUCGUACGCUUGCCGUGUUAUCGUGUUAAUACUAAAGUUGCGAUCACGUGUUAUUUUCUUGAUUUUAAUAAUAUAAUUACUGAUACGCGUAUAUCAGUUUCAGUUCCAAAGAAAAUGAGUUUUUAUCCCCAAGCACAAGAAAUGGCCAAAAAUGUUUAUGACAUGUGUUGAAGUAAGGCAGAAUAAAAAUUUGAGAUUUUAUUAUUUGUAACAUGUCGCAUUGUUUAAAUUUAUCGACACACUCAUGAUUAUGGUCAUCAAUUAUCUCUGCAUUCAACUCGCGCGAUUUAGUAAAAUCCGAUGCGAACCAAACAUCGGAUGUCACCCGCGGUGUCAGAGCUCUAUGCCUGAAGUACAGUUCAGACAGAAAACUGUUAGGCGAGCUCUGUUUUCGUUGGACGUCAGGAAGUCGAGCGGGCCGGAUGGCAUUUCUCCAUUCGUGCUUAGAACGUGUGCCCCUGAGUUGACGCCGGUGCUAACGCGUUAAUUCCGGCACUCUUAUUCCAAAGGCGUAGUCCCUGACUCAUGGAACUCAGCCCUUGUCCAUCCGAUCCAAAAAAAAGGAGACAGUUCGGAUCCGGCGAACUACAGGCCUAUUGCUAUCACCUCCCUGCUCUCCAAAAUCAUGGAGAGCAUAAUUAGCCACCAGCUUUUAGUAUACCUAGAGGGUCACCAGUUGAUCAACGACCGACAGUACGGCUUUCGCCAUGGACGGUCGGCAGGUGAUCUUCUGGUAUACCUAACACAUAGAUGGGCGGCGGCUAUUGAAACCAAGGGGGAAGGCCUGGCAGUUAGCCUGGAUAUAGCGAAGGCCUUUGAUCGUGUAUGGCAUAAGGCGCUCCUCUCAAAACUUCCAUCAUUUGGGCUUCCCGAGAGCUUGUGCAAGUGGACCUCCAGCUUCCUCACUGGGCGUAGCAUACAGGUCGUUGUCGACGGAUAUUGCUCGAACCCGAAGCCCGUGAAUGCUGGAGUGCCCCAAGGCUGUGUGCUAUCUCCUACGCUGUUUCUUCUGCAUAUCAAUGAUAUGUUGGACACCUCCAACAUGCAUUGCUAUGCAGGUGACAGCACUGGUGAUGCCGUAUACACGGGCCAUGCAGGUCUCUCUCGGAAAAUCGUCGACCGCGUCGAAGGUCGCGGAAUGGGGUAAAUUGAACCUUGUCCAAUUUAACCCCCAGAAGACUCAAGUUUGCGCGUUUACCACUAAAAAAACCCCAUUUGUCGUAUCACCGCUCUUCGAGAACACUUCUCUUAAAGCCGCGCCUAGUAUCGGAAUACUGGGUCUCGAAAUCUCGAGCGAUUGCCAAUUCCGUGGCCAUCUGGAGGGCAAAGCCAAAUUGGCUUCGAAGAAGCUGGGCGUCAUCAAUAGAGCACGGCAAUACUUCAAGCCGGCCCACAUUCUAGCGCUCUACAAAGCGCAGGUCCGGCCACACAUGGAGUAUUGCUGUAAUCUCUGGUCUGGUGCACCCCAGUAUCUGCUCGAUCCAUUUGACCGCGUGCAACGUAGAGCAGCUCGAAUUGUCGGGGACUCAGUGCUCUGUGAACGGCUGGAUCACUUGGCGUUGCGUAGAGACGUCGCUUCAUUGUGUGUCUUCUACCGCAUUUAUCACGGGGAGUGUUCCGAAGAGCUGUUUCACCUGAUUCCUGCCGCCGAAUUUCACCAUCGCACGACACGCCACAAGUUAGGAUAUCAUCCCCACCAUCUGGAUGUGUGGCGGUCCUCCACAGUGCGGUUUUCAAGAAGCUUUCUCCCUCGUACUACAAAGCUGUGGAAUGAGCUUCCUUGUGCGGUGUUUCCGGGACGAUACGACAUGGGUACCUUCAAAAAAAGCGCGUACACCUUCCUUAAAGGCCGGCAACGCUCUUGUGGUUCCUCUGGUGUUGCAAGAGAAUGUGGGCGGCGCGCAUAGGUAGAUUUCGCGAAUUUAGGCGGCCAAAAACAUUUUACUGUGUUAACAGCUUUUAAAUGGGGUUUUAGUAAUUAAAAGAGGUUAUUAUAAAAUGAAACACUGUAUGGAGUAAAACAAAAAUUUUUAAUAAAUUAUUUACUAAAAAUAUAUAUAAAUAUUAAGGUUUUAAUAAAAAUUUAUAUUAUUAUGUUGUCUCAGCGGAGUAAUUCACGGGACGAUGCGGUCCGGUCCUUUGAGAGGCUUGCAUGGGGGCAUGGGUCCAACAUGUAGAGGCCCUUUGAGACUUUUAACUGUAUAAAAAAAUAUAUAUAUAAAUAUAUAUAUUUACCUAUAUAACUAAAUAUAUAUAAAAAAAUCUAAAUAAGUACACUAAUAUGAAAAAAAAUAAGACAUUUGAUAUUUACAAAAUAAUUUUAUUCCAUUGUAUAUGGAUAUCAUAUAAAAAACAAAAAAAAUAAAACAUUUUAUAAAAAGUUAUUAAUCUUCAGAAAAAGAUGUGUCGGAGUCCUAUAUUUCAUUUUCGGUCUCAUUUGGAUCCCCAGGCAACAACAUUGCAAUAGUUUCGCUUAAAAAAGAUUUAUGUGAGGUUUUCCUGAUUGGCCUCAAACUACUUAACAAUGGAUCUGAUGAUAAUAAUAAUCUAUGAAAAAUAUCUAAGUUGCACUCUUCGCGCGAAAACUUUCUCGCGUAAUUGAGCCUGUAGGUGCGAAAGUGUUUGUUGCGUGCCUCUGCCGCUUCUUCUGACAGCUGUCCUAUCGGCAGCAAUGCAUGUUCGAUGAUGCUUUCACCGUGGAUUAAAAUCUUAUGCAUUGUUGGCGUCAUGGGGUGCCAUCCAUAAAGAUCAACAUAUAACUUUGCUGUAUCCAAAGCGUAGUUAUUAUAUUUAGAAACAUCAAUUUUAUGGCCACUAGUAAUCACCUCUAAUAUAACCUUCAACCUAUGGAUAACUUAAUGGUUAAUGCCUGUAAUCUCAGCAGCCAAUUCAGUGUCAUCAAAAAAGCGUCUACUGGUAUUCCCAUCAUUUGUGUUACCAAAGUUAGCUUUAGGCAUAUCAACUAAAAGGCCAGUUUCUGUUCUGAAUCUUUCUUGAAUUUCCCUUUUUCUUUGUUCUUCUAACAACUUUUCCUCUGGGGUCCUCCUUUCUCUGUACUUUUUUACGGGUAAUUUAUAUGCUAAAUGCAAAAUGCUUUCAAAAAGCCGUAUCCUGGCGUGUAAAUUAGAGAUUCCAAACUCGAGAGCUUCGGGACAUUUUACUACAUUAUUUUUACUAAGAUCAUUGAAGUCUUUUGAUGUCGCUCCACAUAUAAAACACCGACUUGUUGAAGAAGUGUUUGUAGCUGCGUUGCAUACUUUGCCGUCAAUCAUCGUCAUUUUCAUAAUAUGCCGAAACGUAUAUUCGUUAGAAUUAAUAUCAACUUUUGUUGCGGUCAGGCGCUUUUGUGCAUUUUCUACAUAUGCUAUUUCUUCUCUAGUGAUAUUUGUUGAUUCUUUCACGAAGCGAAAUCUAAUCGGUCGGCAAAAUCGUGGUGACGAAGGUGAAGGAUUCUGCCAUACAACCUUUUUGCCCUGUUCUCCACAGACAAUUUGGAUUGGAACAAAAGAACUCAAGAAUAUAUUUGCAUCAGAGUCGGCAUCUUCUGUAAAUUUCUGCUUAUACCGCGUUUGUUGUGAGCCGUCACAACCCCAUUUCAAUAUAAUAGUUAAUGAUUGUCUUUCAUUAGAAUUAAGUGUUAUCAAAACUUCUUCCAGGAAUUUCGAUAAGCGCGUAGCGGUGUGAUCAAUUAGGCUUUGAAGGUCCAUUUCCGCGCAGGUAGCCGUUACCCGUAAAGCCGAUUUCGGCGGGUAACACUCUUGCUUCGCUUUCAACAAAAGGUCAUAACAAGGGAAAUGUCUUUUGUUUGUUGCUCUUAUUAUUUCAUAUUGCCUACGUGUGAGAUCAGCCUCAACAAACAUCUUAAGUGCUUCGAAGGGGGUCAACGGAGGGAUAGCUUCAUCAACCUUAGAAUAAGCCUUUUUGUAUUGACUGGCUUUUGUUGGCGAAUUGGUUACGUCCUUCAGGACUUUGGACGCAUUUCUUUUUCCAUCUGAUUGUAAAAGUACUUGCGCAGCAUGGACUAUUACUUCAGGGUCCACAGAAGAACGUAUUUCUUCUGUUUUCCUUCUCUUGCUUCGCUCACUCAAAUCGGCAAACGAUUUACUUGGACGACCCUGGCGAUGAGUUGUUUCAAUCGGAAUCUCAAAGGUUCCACCUAACCAAGAACUAUUAUUUUUUUCGAAAAACUCUUUAUUUUUAUGUGCUUUCAACCAUCUUUGUUUCAUUUGCGAUCUAACGUAUGAAAAUUUAUGCUUAAGAGUUUUUUUAUUGUCUUCUGUAUCACCAUAGCGCACCAGCAAGUAAUUCUCUAAAUAAUCCAAUUUCUCAUCAAAAGAAGGUAAGUUUUGUCCCUGCAUUAGGUCAAAUAAAUAUUUUUUCGUCACUACCUUCACGCCAGAGGUAUUUGAUGACCCUAAAACGAAGACAACUAUAUUUUAGAAGCGUUAGAAAAAAUAUUUUUUUUUCUUGUUUUUUUACAAAAAAUCUUUGAUUAAGGAUUUUUCCGAGAUUUGCGGUUUCUAGCGGCAAAUUUUUUGUUUACUAUAAUACGAAGACCCUGUUUAUACCGUAAAAGAGAAGAAAACAGGUGGGAUGGACCCUGAAGUAUAAUUAAAACUCUUGAGAAAUCGAAAAUCAAUGAUAAAUUUGUACAAAAAACAUCUUGUCUUACAAGUGAAAAAAAAUAUGACAAUCUGUAAUAAAACACCAUUAUUAUAUAUAGUUUCAAAGAUUCAUACCUGAAUUAUGCGAAUCCAUCACUUUCACUAAGGUAAUUAACUUCACAAAAAAAAUAUGGACUUUGUAAGAGAAGUUGCACAGUGAACGACGCGACGCGUCGAGAACUGUAACGUACACCGGGAACGGAGGUCAAGUUUCGACUAUGUGUAAAUAAUUCAUGGCACAUGGCCCAAGGGUGGGGAUAGUGAGGAUAGAUUCAUGGAAGUGUCUUGUAACGGUACCGGUCAAAGUUUUAUGGCUAAAUUGACUUUGAAAAAAUGACUUUUGGCCGCCUAAAUCGUCGAAAUCUACCUAUGUGCGGCGGUGAUCACUUAACACCAGGUGACCCGUACGCUCGUUUGUCCUCCUAUUCCAUAAAAAAAAACGUUGUGUUCGAUGUCAGCGAGAGGGGGAUGAUGCUCAUAUUAAAACUGAUAUCAUUGGAUGUGGUAUAGCUUGGUUGACAUUCAUUAAAUUCAAUGCUCUUUGUUUUAGUAAAUAGCUCUUAUUGAAAUUGAAGAAAAAAAGAUUAAAAUAUUGUAGUUAUUUUAAAUAAUUUGCACACCGAGUCAAUGUUUAUUAUAUAGGUUAGUCGUUACGUUAAUAAACGUGUUAAUUUUUGAUAAAUUUCUUUAAAAUAUUACUCAUUCUUUUCGGAAUGACGUUUAGAAUGUAUUUCAAGGAUGAUAUAGACCAUAAUUUAAUAUUUUUGAUACAAAUUAAGAUGAAAAAUAUAGUAUUUCGUUACUAAAAUAUUAACGGCAGUAAACAAAAUAUAAAUUUAGAAUAAAAGACAGUGUUACUCUUAGAAACUUCAUAAAUUUUUACGCUAAUGUAUAUAUUGUGGUGCGUUGAAAAUGUGGCUAUACUCUGUAAUUAUUUCAUUAAGUUACAAAUACUAUUAUUAUAUUUCUGACUCUCUUUACCACUAGAAUUAAUAUUUGUAUAGAUUUAUAAAUGUUCAAUGCACGCACUUUGCGAUUGAAAACUUGGUAUAAGUGGACGUGUGAGCGGGAAGGAAAGACAAUUUUAGUACAGAAGCAAAAGGGAUAUCUGUAGGAGGUCAACGUUCGAAAAUAUCUGCCGCGGCAGGAAUAUACACGCAUACAACUGCCUUGACUAAUCUAUAAACUAGUAAAGUAUACAGUACAAAGAUUUCUAUCGAUGUUAUUUUAUUAUAAACGUGGAGUUCUCUUAAUAUUCUAUUAGUAAAUCAGUUCUGAUACUGUAACUGUAAGACAGCUGUGGAAACGUCGAAAAACUGUUUUCAUGCCUGUCUAACAGCAAGAGGCUAUCUAGACGUAUAAAUUAUACAGGUGGACCAAAAGUCCGUUUAUAAUUGGAAUGAUGAUUAAAAAAAACUAAUUACAGUAGAUCAAAACUGUUUAUUGUUUUCGAUAGUAAACAAAAGGGGAAUUUAUUUCUUAAAAAUCACAUCAUCCAUAUGCAAUCCUUCAUUAUUCUGGGAUUGCUGCAAUCUAGAGCGGAAAUUUUCGAUGACAGCUUUACAUGUUUCUGUUGAGAUGUUUUGGAUUUCUGUGCGAAUACGAUCCUUUAAUUCGUCAAGAGUUACUGGGUUGGUUGGCUGGAAUGCAGGGGUUUUUGAUCACUAUGACAUAGUGUCACUCCAAUAACGACAAUUUUGUCUAUUAACAUGCCCAUUUAGGUGGAAGUGUGCCUUGUUGAGAAAAAAAUGUUUGUAAAACUGGUGAAUCGCUCUACCAUUUCGUUCGCAAACUGCAACCUAGUGGCAUGGUCCUGAGGCCUUAAUUCCUGCACCAUUUGGAUUUUAUAGGAAUGUAGACUUAAAUCUUUCUUGAGAAUGCGGUUUAAUACAUCAUUAUCUUGGCACGUUAAGGACAGCAGACCGCUUUCGAGUUGAUAGUCCAGGUUGGUCACGAACAGACGAUUUUACUCGCUCCACGUUUUCGGGGUCCCUCGACGUUCUAGGCCGGCCAGAUCGAGGUAAAUCCAUUGUUGAACCCGUCUUCUCAAACUUGAGCACCCAUUAUUUAAUUAACACACCUGAUGGAGCUUGAUUUUUGUGUCGUAUCUUGUAAUGAUUGCAAAACUUUCGUUGAGCUAAGGUCGCAGAAUCGUUGUUUCGAUAGUACUCGCGUACACAAAAUGCACGUUGACUACCGCUAACCGACGCCAUGGUACUAAAUUCCCAUUGGCCUCUCUUGCAAUGCGUAACCCCUCCACCCCCCUCCGCCGCCGUUGCUAGACGUGGCAACCGAUUCAAAUGUAAACGGACUUUUGGUCCAUCCUGUAUAAACUUCAUACACGCAUGCGCAGAUGGAGGGGAUAUAUAUGGUAAUUUUUUCCGUAUACGAUCAUAAUUAUUUAAGUCAAUGUAUUUUCAAGCAAUUAAUUAAAAGAAAAAUAUUGAUAACAUAUGCGGAAACAGAAAUUGAUUAUAUAAAUUAUCUAUACAGCGUGGAGCAACAAUAGCGACAUUAAAUAAUCACAUGCGUAGAACUACUUGACCAUAAUCAUAAAAAAUAUAUUCAAAAAUAAAAUACAUAAUUCAAAUAAAUAAUUAAAUUUUCCAUAAUACAAUUUCGCAACAACCUGUAAGUUAUCUAUUAGCCGCGCGCUAUCGUACUACUCAAGGGUGAUUAAAAUUUAGUUUCCUAAAUAUAUAAUUUUUUUGUGUGAAAAUUUUUUUUUUAUUGUUUACUUUAAAUUUAAGAAUUAUUAUUUUACGAUAAAGGUUAGAUUAGCUCUAGCCAUGUGUUCAUAUAUUAUUGUCGUCAUUAGAGCGCCACGCUGUAUAGAGCUAAAGACUUAUGACACUUGUGUACAUGAACUUAUCUAGCUUUAAACUUUAAAUUAUAUAAACGUGCUUUUAAUAUUAUGUAUAGUAGAUAAGAAUAUUAAUAUUACCCAUUUCUGUGCGCUGGAUGUCAAAUAAUUGUUUAUAUUCAAUAUAGUGAUAUGGUGCUCCCACACUGAUGUUAGAAAAAGUUUAUAAACAUUUUCAAUAUCAUUUGGUAACAAAUGUUAGGAAUUGUUAGAUGUUUUGAGUACUCCUACACUUAUGGAAAAUGUAUACAAACAUUUAUAACAUGACAUCAAUGACAUCAUGACAAAUAAUAUUAAUAAAAAAUGUUUUAUAUUAUUAGUUGCGAUUUGUGAAAUAACAUUUUUGUAUAGAAAUGUUUAACCUAACAUGAAAACGUUGUACAACACUGUGAUCAAAUGUUUAUAAACAUAUAAGAGCGGUGUGGAGCACAGAUAGUAUUUAUGUCAAUUUAAUGUAUAUAAAGAGAGAUAUUGCAUAUUUAUUGUCAAUUAUAUAUUCUCCUUUUAA